AUGGCUCUUGCUAGGGAAUAUCCCAAGAUUCUGUGGCAGGUUAAAGUGUUCAGGGCCCUGUAUACAUUUGAGCCCAGAACGCCAGAUGAACUGUACUUUGAAGAGGGAGAUAUCAUUUACAUCUCAGACAUGAGUGAUACAAAUUGGUGGAAAGGAACUUGCAAAGGGAGAACUGGACUAAUUCCAAGCAACUAUGUGGCAGAGCAAGCUGAGUCUAUUGAUAACCCACUGCAUGAAGCUGCCAAACGUGGCAACCUAAGCUGGCUGAGAGAAUGUUUGGAAAAUCGAGUUGGGGUCAAUGGCUUAGACAAAGCUGGAAACACAGCUCUGUACUGGGCAUGCCAUGGAGGUCACAAAGAUAUAGUGGAUGUUCUGUUUACCCAGGCAAACCUAGAGUUAAACCAACAGAACAAAUUGGGAGACACAGCUUUGCAUGCUGCUGCAUGGAAGGGUUAUGCAGAUAUUGUAGAGAUGCUGCUGGCAAAGGGGGCAAGAACAGAUCUGAAGAACAAUGAGAAGAAACUGGCUUUAGAUAUGGCAACCAAUGCAGCUUGCGCUUCCAUGCUUAAGAAGAAACAGAGUGCAG